CUCCCCGAUCCCUUCGAGGGACCAGGAAGGAGACUGUGAGACUUCGCUUGGUAUCCCUCCGCCGGGGUCACCCCCUCCCCUCCGUGAUAGCAGGAACUAAUUCCCCCUCGGGUCACCCGGGGCCUGGAUGUGGAAAUUUCAAGGACCCGGGUUCCUUAUGACCCUUGAGGAGGGAACGGUCAUCCCGAGUUAGAAACCAUCUGCCAUCUCAAAAGCGGGGUUCGGCUUAAAAACUAAGGUUUUGGCCCCCUGACCCCAACCAAGCCCCGCCCCUUCCUGGUUGUCUUAGCGACGGCGGUGGCGUCCCAAGAUGGCGUCCUGGCUGCCGGAGACUCUGUUCGAAAUUGUAGGACAGGGCCAGGCUCCAAGCAAAGACUAUUACCAGUUGUUGGUCACCCGCUCACAGUUAAUCUUUAGAUGGUGGAAGAUCUCUCUAAGGAGUGAGUUUCGGUCAGCCAAACCUGGAGAAACAAAAGAAACCCACGAAGACUUUCUAGAGAAUUCCCAUCUGCAAGUCCAAAUCGCCUUAAUAUUUGGUGGAAAAAUAUUGGACUAUGUCUCCAAUUUGUGUGGAGGUAAAUUCGACUUCCUUGAGCGGCUCUCAGACAAAUUGCUCCUGAGUAUCAUUUCUUACCUGGACCUAGAAGAUGUUGGCAGGCUUUCUCAGACAUCACACAGGUUUGCAAAGCUGUGCAUGUCGGACAAGUUAUGGGAGCAGAUAGUCCAGUCGGCCUCUUUCCCCAUCACGCCUGACAUGAGAGCCCUGGCCAAGGACCAGGGCUGGAGACAUAUAUACCUCACCAACAAGCUCCAGCUCCAGCCGCCACUCACCAACAGAGAUGGGCGGAAACAGAGACGGGGAGGCCAAAGGGAGAAGCACCAUUAGGGACACUUUUUCCUGUGGGCAGGGAGAUUUGCUGAUUCUGGGAGUCAUUCAGACGGCAUAGAACGUUUGCACACAAACGCAACAGAACCUGGUGGCUCAGUGCCAUGCUAGAACCAUAAGGAAGCUCCACUGUGUGUAAACAAGCA